AUGCAACAUGGAUCUCCUCCGCUCCAGAAACUCAAGGUCGAUCGUGCCGCACGACCGUCGGCAUGGGAACGCUUCUGCAGCCAAUUUCACAUGAGACCCCCGGAAGAUGACGAACCUCAGUCUUGGUGGUUCGCCUCGACUGCCAUCCCGCUGGUAGCAGCAGCGGCCGGACCGCUGGCCAACGUCAUGUCGAUUGUUGCUCUAAUUAUGCCAUGGAGGAGUCAUAUCACUUCGUACACCGACGGGCCGGCUGGAAAUUUGAUUCAGAACGGUUACCCUGACCCUCACUGGGUCACUGCGAUGAACGCUGUUUCGCUCUUCUGCGGUGUUGUUGGCAAUGUCUUUCUGCUCUUUAACUUUACUACCACCAUUCGAUACAUUAUAGCGUUGCCGGUGACCAUCAUUUUGUGGUUUCUCGCUACUGGUAUGUUGUGUGGCCUGACGGCGUCGCUGUCGAUAUACAGUCCACCGAUUGCCCCAGAUCACGUCUACUCGCAAGGCUACUGGAGUGCUGUCAUCGCGGCGAGCCUUUAUUUUAUUCUCGCUUCUCUCUUGAUGAUCAACAUGCUCGGGUACUUUUUGGGGAGAUAUCCGCAGCACUUCUCUUUGACAGAUGAUCAGCGAACUCUCAUCUUGCAAAUGACAGCCUUCAUGGUCUGGCUGCUUGUCGGUGCUGCCAUCUUUCAAAAGGUACUGGGAAUCUCCUUUGCAGAUGCUUUGUACUUUAGCGACAUCACGGUCUUGACUUUGGGCUUCGGUGACGUGGUUCCAGCGACAUCUGUAGGCAGAGGCUUGGUCUGGCCAUAUGCUGUGAUUGGAAUCAUUCAGCUAGGCUUGGUGGUUGGAAGUAUCCAUCGAUUCGCGAAAGAAGUCCACUAUGACAACGUCAUCCGGAAACACAUCGAACAUAAGCGACAGUCGACGUAUGAACAAACAAUCACAAGGCAGGAGCUUGACGACGCCCGCGAAGAAGCGCAUGAGCAAGGGAUAGAGCUUGUUCUGCCGCCGCUCACCCAUCCUCGCCACCAUCCACGCCAGCCCAUUCGGAACACCAUCCAUGCCUUGGCUAAUAAUCCCAUUCAAUAUGAGACUAUGCGGUUCCGCCGAUGGAAUGAUCUAGUCAUUAGUAUCGUCGCGUUUGGUAUUGUGUGGAGUUGUGGAGCGGUCGUAUUCUGGAAAUUGGAGAACGAAAUGGAUUAUUUCGAGAGUUUACACUUUUGUUUCUGUUCUCUGCUUACCAUCGGCUAUGGCGACUUCACACCCAAGUCAAAUGCAGGACGGCCUUUCUUCGUGGCCUGGUCUCUCAUUGCCAUUCCAACAAUGACAAUGCUCAUCUCGCAAAUGAGCGACACUAUUGUUGCCGGCGUCAAGCAUUCUACAGAUAAGUUCGCUGAUUACUUCGUCUUGCCUCAGUCAGAAUCAUACCGUUCCUUCUUCGCCCAUUUCCCGUGUAUUAUGCGGAUGCUGCAAAGACGCGAGGAGAAUCGGCGGGUGAAGCUCGGGUUUCCAAUCGGCGCCCAAGUAGGAGAUGUUGCUGAACCAGAAGAUGGGCCAUCAUCAGCCCAAGAUGCAGAAAAAACGGCACCGCUUGCACCACGCAGACGAUCCACGGAAGAGCGUCCAACCAGAACGAUCGAAGAAUUGGCUCGCGAACCGAACCCGUCGCCCUUUGAACUUGCACAACAACUCGCUUUUGCCAUCCGUCGCACCACACAAGAUGUGCGCGAAGGUAAACGAAAGCGCUACAAGUAUGAGGAAUGGGUCGAAUUUACUCGCUUGAUCCAAUUUACCGAUCCAAGAUCAGGACCAACAUCGUCUGGAGCUGCAAAGAACCGUAUUGGAGAUGGUAGUCUUUCAGUGGAUACGGAUAAAUUCGGAGUUCUCAACUGGGACUGGAUUGGAGAGAAUAGUCCCAUGUUAGCACAUAUGACUGAGCCGGAGUGGAUCCUAGAUCGACUCUGUGAGAGCUUGAUUCGUUAUGUGUGUACUCAGGAACAGGCUCGAGCUGCGGUGGGCGGUCAGAUUGAUGACCUGUCCGAAGAGCCAACGCUGAAGAAAGAGAGAGAUCUUGGUAUUGAUGAGUCUUGA